UGUCCCUGACGCACAGUGGACACAAGGAAGGAAAUAAUAACAAAUACACAUUUUCCAGCGUCUAUGAUUUCAGGUGGACUGUACAUUUUGCGUGCUGGAUUCAAUCUUUGCCGAAGUUCCAGUAAAGUCUCAUGGUACUGCACUAAGAGUCACCGAUGUGUUGUGUCUGAUACUGUGCAUGAAAUGGCGGAAUCAGAGCAACAGCAACCUGUGCCCAGCGAAGAUAGAACUGCAUCAGGUCCCUGUGCAGGAGAAUGGAAACUGCAGCACCUGAAGGGAGACCUCUUCUCCUGCCACCCGGAGGAGUCUCUUGCCCACUGCAUCAGCGAGGACUGCCGCAUGGGAGCGGGCAUCGCCGUCCUCUUCAAGAAGAAGUUUGGGGGCGUAGAGGACCUGAAGGCUCAGAAGAAGCUGACAGGAGAGUGUGCAGUGCUGAAGAGGUCUCAGCGAUAUGUCUACUACCUGAUUACAAAGAAGAAGUACUGCCAUAAGCCCACCUAUGACAGCCUGAGGAAGAGUCUGGUGGCCAUGAAAGCCCACUGUCUGCAGAAUGGAGUUGCCAAAAUAUCCAUGCCAAGAAUUGGCUGUGGUCUAGACCGCCUGGUGUGGGAGAAGGUGGAGGUGAUGCUGGAGGACGUCUUCCAUGACACAGACAUCGGCAUCACUGUCUAUACACUCUGAGGGUAAUGUCGUAUCUAUCACAGGGGUGGGGAACCUAUGUCUCGAAGGCCGGAGGGCUGUUGUAAAGGUGGCUGCCUUCAAUAUUGGCACAAAAUGCAGGGGGACAUCCUGAUUUGUGUUCAUAGUACAGCCCUUGGGGGACUUUUGUGGCCCUUGGAGGAAUUUGAAGUGGCCCCAUGAAGGUAAAAAAGGUUCCCCACACCUAAUAUACCAGAGCGAUCUUAGCUGUUCGAGAAGCUCCCAUGAUUUGGGCUUAAUUGGGUACUGGAGCACUUCUAGCUGGGAUGAAGAUAACUACCUCAGAAGAACAUGUGUUGACUUUUGAUCUCCUAGCUGCAUAUUGCACUAUUGCAACCCUGUAAAAUGAGGGACUUCACACUUCAAACUGUAUCCCUGUUUUGAUACAGUUGUGACCAAAAUUAUCAAAACCAAUUCAAAGUUAAUAUUUUGUACUUUUUUGUUUUAUUCUGGGGACUGAUAUGAUUUGGUAGCUGGAGUAGGCCUACAAGGGAUAAAUACUGAUGAUGUAAACUUGUCAUUUGCGUGUUUUCAAACGCUCAUAAUUUCUAUGCGUGUGUGUGGCUGUAGAUGGUAGAUGUUUAGGAAGAAGCUAAAAGAAGUUAUUGUGGGGCAAAAGCAUUGUGUAUUUUUCUACAUUAAAACUGUCAACCUUGA